AUGGAUUGGCUUCCACUGUUCACCGUAUAUCCUGUAUCAUUUUAUCAAGGGGCUUCCUUUCCUUUUGCAUUGCUGUUUCAUUAUCUCUGCAACAAGGACUCCUUUUCCAUUCAGUCCAGGUACCUCUUUCUGCUGGCUGGAGGAGGGGCCUUGGCCGUGGCUGCCAUGGGGCCCUAUGCUCUUCUUGUCUUUACUUCUGCUCUUUGUGCCAUGGUUCUGCUCUCUUCACUUGGCCCACAGGACGUCCACCGGUGGACUUUCUUCUUCCAGAUGAGCUGGCAGACGCUGUGUCACCUGGGUCUACAUUACACCGAGUACUAUCUUCAGGAGCCUCCCUCUGUGAGGUUCUGCAUCACUCUUUCUUGCCUCAUGCUGUUGACCCAGAGGGUCACAUCCCUGUGCAUGGACAUUUGUGAUGGGAAGGUGGAGGCUGCGUCAGGACUCGCCAGGAACGGGAGCUCUUGGUCUGACUAUGUGUGUAAGUCUCUGCCCUAUUUCAGUUACUUGCUCUUUUUCCCUGCUCUCUUGGGAGGCUCCCUGUGUUCUUUCCAGAGAUUUCAGGCUAGUGUUCAGAGGUCUGGCAGCCCUUCACAUCACAGGCGUGAUUUCUGGUCUCUGGGUUGGAGGGGCCUGCAGAUUCUUGCACUGGAGUGCCUUAGAGAAGCCCUGAGUCUGCUGGUGAGUGCAGGCCCCGGCUUGGAAGAUUGCCAGCAUGUGGAAUGUGUCUACACCAUGUGGACCACCGCUGGGCUUUUCAAACUCACCUACUAUUCCCACUGGCUACGGGAUGACUCUUUGCUCCAUGCUGCGGGCUUUGGGGUUGAGUUUGGAGAGGAGGAAUACAUCCCGGAUGCAGACAUUUGGACCCUGGAGACCACCCACAGAAUAGCCCUGUUCACAAGAACGUGGAACCAAAGCACAGCUCAGUGGCUCAGACGACUCAUCUUCCAGCGCAGCAGGGGCUGCCGGUUGCUCCAGACCUUUGCCUUCUCUGCCUGGUGGCAUGGGCUCCACCCAGGACAAGUGUUUGGUUUUCUUUGUUGGGCUGUAAUGGUGGAAGCUGACUACUUGAUCCACACCUUUGCCAAUGGUUUUAUCAGAUGUUGGCCCCUAAGGCUGCUCUACAGAGCCCUUACCUGGGCUCAUACCCAGCUCAUCAUUGCCUACAUUAUGCUGGCGGUGGAAGGCAGGAAUCUGUCUUCUCUCCGGUUGCUGUGUAAUUCUUUUAACAGUGUCUUCCCCAUGGUCUACUGUAUUUUGCUUUUCUUACUAGCAAAGAGAAAACACAAAGUGAACUGA